AUGGAGAAUUGUUUCACUGUCUAUCUCAUGGAAAAAGUGCCUCACCACAUCAACUUUCCAUGUCAUAGAAGUAUAGUCAAUCAGCUCACUUACUCGUGUCAGGGGUUAGGUUUCUUUGAAGCCAGAGGCAGCGGCGACAGCGCCGACAAGGAGGGAGAAGCGGAGGGAGCGGAAGAAGGAGCGCCGCCGGAGGCGCGCGAGGAGGCCGCGGCGCGCGCGCGCGCGCGGCCGGCGGCGGAGGCGCCCGCGGCCGACCCCGAGGAGGAGCGCCGCCUCCUCGAGAUCCAACAGGCCGAGGCGGCUGCGGAGUCCGAGCGUGCGCGCCACGCCUUCGAGGACGCCGAGCGCCGGUGGCUCGAGGCCGCCGCCGCCCGCGCCGCGGAGAAGGCCGCGGCUGCUGCGGCCGAAGAGGAGGCCAGGGCUGCGGAGGCUUCCGCUCGAAAGGAGCGUAAAGAUGACCAAGGAAACCAGUCAGAAGAAGAUAGUGAAUGGGAAUAUGUUGAAGAUGGUCCAGCAGAAAUUAUAUGGAAAGGAAGUGAGAUCAUUGUAAAGAAGAAAAAGGUUAAAGUACCAAAGGGGUCCAAGGAAAAGCUGCCAGUUCAUGAGGAAGAUAGACCUACAUCAAAUCCGCUCCCACCACAGUCUGUUGCUUUUGUUGCUCAGAGGAGAGAACCUUCUUUGUCUGCUCAAGAAGUACUUGACAAAGUUGCUCAAGAGACACCGAAUUUUGGAACAGAGCAGGAUAAGGCCCAUUGUCCAUUUCACCUCAAGACAGGGGCUUGUCGCUUUGGAGUGCGCUGCAGCAGGGUUCAUUUUUACCCUGAUAAAUCAAGCACAUUGCUAAUGAAAAGCAUGUAUAACGGUCCAGGCCUUGCUUUGGAGCAAGAUGAAGGUCUUGAGUUCACAGAUGAAGAGAUUGAACAAAGCUAUGAAGAAUUUUAUGAAGAUGUACAUACAGAAUUUCUGAAAUUUGGUGAACUUGCGAACUUCAAGGUAUGUAGAAAUGGAUCUUUCCAUCUUCGAGGAAAUGUUUAUGUGCACUAUAAAUCGUUGGAUUCAGCUCUUCUUGCCUACAGCAGCAUGAAUGGACGCUAUUUUGCUGGAAAGCAGAUAACAUGUGAAUUUGUUGCUGUGACAAGAUGGAAGGCUGCCAUAUGCGGUGACUACAUGAGGUCAAGAUACAAGACAUGUUCACAUGGAGCUGCGUGUAAUUUUAUUCACUGCUUUCAUAAUCCUGGAGGAGAUUAUGAGUGGGCUGAUUGGGACAAUCCUCCUCCUAGAUACUGGAUUAGGAAGAUGACUGCUCUUUUUGGUCCCUCAGUUGAUACUAUGUAUGAAAAGGAGAGUGAUACCCCCAAUUUUAAAAGUUCAGAGGGCUCUUAUAGGAAGAAACUGAAAAUUUCCAGCAAUAGAUAUGUUUCAAGAGGAUCUAGGGACGAAGAUGUGCAUACACGACACUCUCAAGAUUAUUCACACUCUAAGCAAGAACGUAGUAGCCACAGCAUGGAUUAUGAGUACAAACGACAUAGAAGAGAUUCUUCAGCAGUAGAUAAGCGCCGAAGGCAAGAUGUUGAAGAUACAAAUGGCAGACAAUUUUCACCCAUGGGAAAUGGCAGUGAGUCCCAUAGGCACAAGCAUGAAGAAAGGCAUAGACGUGAUCAUGGUAAUGGAGAAAAAGAAGACGACAAAACUAGGCCUAGUAAGCACUGUUCUGGUAGGCAUGGAAGUUUGGAGCCUGGAUAUUCUGAUUGGCCUUCAGACUUCACUGACACAGACAUCAGGAAGGGUCCUUCAGGUGAGAAGUCCACUAGCAGGUACGAGUAUGAUGACGCCAAAAGGAGCAGGAGGGGAUCGUCGGAGUACUACAAUCUUGAAAGACACCACUCUACAGCUCAAAAACCAACAGGAACGGAGCACAACACUAAAAGACGCUCGAGACGUGACAUUGAAGAUUAUUAUCAUGAUGAGAACGGUGGCGGAAAAGGGAAACCUCGAAAGCAUGAUCACCAUGACUCGAAUGAUCGGUGGGUAGCCACAAAUAGCGAUGUUGAUUCGGAUGUAGAUAGAUAUCAGAGUUCAAGCUUUAAAGGCACUAGGUUGGGAAGGAAGGAUGAUGCUCAUCCAGACAGUGAAGCUCGGCAUCAGAGGUCAAGUAGAAGUACAAAGGAUGACAGGAGAAGGAAGCGGCACAGUGGAAACAGGCGGCACAGCGGUACUGAAGAGGGUACCUCAGAAUCAGGCAGUGGAGAAUUGAGCUCUGAUUCAUGGAGCUGGAGAUCGAGAAGCAGUGAGGAGAACUUUUCAGCACACAGGUCAGAGAGGAAGCGAAGUGUGGGCAAGAAGUCUAGUUAG